AUGCCUAUUGGGUCCAGCAAAUUCACCGUACUCUUCAGACGCUAUUGGACCGUCCUUCUUAUCGCGUUGAUCAGCACCGGGAUCUCGGCGCUCGCAUACCGAUCAUUCAGCCACUCAAUCGAGCACGCACAAGAAGAAGCAAUUUUCAAACGCGCCCAGGCGCACCAUCAGAAAAUCAUCAACGAUAUCGAUAACUACCAGAACGCACUUCUAUUCAUGAACGCGUUCGCGCAAUCGUCGAACUAUGUUGAUCGAAACGAGUGGGCACGAUUUGUUGACUCAGCAAACCUCCAAGAAAACUAUCAGAGCGUGCUCGCGUUUGUGUAUGUUCAACAUGUCAGGCCGGAUCAGAUGGAGGAGUUCAAGCAAGAAGUGUUCUCGCAAGGUAUGGAAAACUUUUCCAUCCAUACCCACGAAGGCUAUGAGGUUCAGGACGACACAGAAGAGCACUACAUCAUCAAGUACGCCGAACCUCAGCCACGCAACGAAAUGAUUCUCGGCCUCGAUGUCGCCGCCAAGCCCGCAAACAAAGAUGUAUACGACCGAGCCGCGUUCACAGGUUCAAUGCAAAUCUCAGCGCCUUUCAAGCUCAAGCAACUCGAAGCAGAGAAUGCCGAAUCAAAGUUUGGACUGGUCUUCACAUAUCCAAGCUACGAGCCUGGGAUGCCGACGGAAACCUCGGAACAACGCCGACAAGCGAUCCGUGGAUGGGUGUCGCUCUCAAUCGAUACCGCGCUCUUUGCAAACUACAUCAACGCCCGGAACAAUCACGCAGAUCGAGUAUCGAUUUCAACAGAUGACUUCCAGCAGAAUGUCAUCUCACUAACCAAUAUCAUACCGAUCGGAAAAGAGUGCUCAAUAGAAUCAAAUGUAGAGUAUUCAUUCAGUCACACCAUCGGCGGCAAAACUAUCAAUACCACAGUUUCCGCAUGCACACUCCACCCCGAAAGCGACCUGACGCCGACAGAAAUCGCAUCGCAUACACAGAAAGCGAACAACGCCCUCAUCAUCGGAUCGCUCGCAUCACUCCUUGUGACCGCGAUCACAUUCUUUAUUACACAAGGUCGCACAAGAGCGGUCAAUCUCGCAAGCAAGAUGAACAAGUCGCUCAUCGAGAGCGAACAGCGCCAACGCGAGUUUGCGUACAACGCACAGCGCGCCAAUCACGCCAAAUCAGUAUUCCUCGCCAACAUGAGUCACGAGAUCCGCACGCCGAUGACCGCCGUGCUCGGAUACACCGAAAUCCUCAAGGACAUGGUCCCAGAGCACCACGACCCGGAGACCAUGGGAACCGCCGUCAACCGAAUCACGCGCGCCGGAUCGCACUUGCUCACCGUGAUUAAUGAUGUCCUGGAUCUCUCCAAAAUCGAAUCCGGAAAGCUCGCGAUCAACCCCGUCAAGUGUCAUAUCGGAGAAGUCCUCGCCGAAUGCGUCGCGACCAUGCAAGUCCAAUCCAACGAGCGCGGUGUGGAUCUCGAAGUCAAGUUCAAAACCCCUAUCCCAGAAUCAAUCGUUGCCGAUCCAUACCGCGUGCGCCAGAUCAUCCUCAACCUGAUCUCAAACGCGAUCAAGUUCACCUACUACGGCUCAAUCACCAUCGAGCUCGAACAAAUAGACGACACACUCAACAUCGCCGUCGCCGAUACCGGCGUCGGAAUCGAACCAGACCGACUCGAAACAAUCUUCAAACCGUUCGAGCAAGUCGACAUCAACAAAGUCGAAACCGCACUAUCCUACGAAAACCUCGGAACAGGACUCGGACUCUCCAUCUCCAGACAACUCGCCGAAAUGAUGCAAGGCGAGCUCUCAGCAACAAGCGUUGUUGCACGCGGAUCAACCUUCACCUUCUCGCUCCCGAUUGUGCUCCCGCAAUCAGAAUCUGCACAACACACCAUCACCGAACUUCCGAUCGACGACUCGACAAAGAUCAACACAAGGAAACUCCCAACAACACAACUCAGCGGACGCGUGCUGAUCGCCGAAGACGGCCCAGACAACCAGCUCCUCCUCAAACACUUCUUCUCCAAGACAGAGCUUGAGUAUGAGUUCGUUUGGAAUGGUCAGCAAGCGCUCAACCGUGUCUUCAACGACCCAAAACUGUACGAAUCGUUUGAUCUGAUCAUCAUGGACAUGCAGAUGCCCGUUAUGGAUGGAUAUCAAGCAACAGCCAAACUGCGUGAAGAGGGAUGCAGACUACCGAUCCUUGCUCUGACUGCCAACGCACUCCCCGGAGAUCGUCAGCGAUGCCUCGAAGCCGGAUGUGAUGAGUACGAAACAAAGCCGCUCAACCGAGCGCGCCUGCUCAGAACGAUUCAGCGCCUGCUCAACAGCAAGCAAAGCCCAGACCAAGCAGCCGCCUGA